AUAAAAACUUAAGUUUAUUUUCGGGAAAAAAUGUUAAAUUUAUUGAUAAACAAAUUUAAUAUUGAAAAAUCAUCAAUGUUAUAUAAAAAUGCAAGAUAUUUAGCCAUCAGAUUACAAGAGUUGAAUGGAACCAAUGGAACAAUUCGAAGAUAUUUUAGCCAAAAGUCUAUAUACUUUGCCGAUAGAGUGGAUGCAAAUGAAACGAAAUUUGACAAAAUAUUGAUCGCAAAUAGGGGUGAAAUCGCCUGUCGGGUGAUUAAGACGUGCAAACAAAUGGGUAUAACAAGUGUUGCCAUUCAUAGUGAUAUAGACUCGACAGCUCUUCAUGUAUUGACGGCCGAUGAGGCCUAUUGUGUGGGAAGUGCCGCCUCUAAGGAUAGUUAUCUAAAUGUUGACGCUAUUCUUGAUGUGAUUAACAAAAGUGGUGCCCAAGCCGUUCAUCCGGGAUAUGGAUUUCUAUCGGAAAAUACAGAUUUUGCUAAAAAACUAAACCAAUCGGGAGUUGAAUUUAUUGGUCCUAACAGUCAAGCCAUUCAUGCGAUGGGAGAUAAGAUUGAGAGCAAAAUUAUUGCAAAGAAAGCCGGAGUUAAUACCAUUCCUGGUUAUGAUGGCGUGAUUAAGAACGCCGAUGAUUGCGUCCGAUUGGCCAAUGAAAUCGGUUAUCCAGUUAUGAUUAAAGCGUCGGCCGGUGGCGGCGGUAAAGGUAUGAGAAUCGCUUGGAAUGAUAGGGACGCCGUUGAGGGCUUCCGAUUCUCUUCAAUGGAGGCGUCGUCCAGUUUUGGUGACGACAGACUACUUAUUGAAAAAUUUAUUGAAAAUCCACGACAUAUUGAAAUACAAGUUCUUUGCGAUAAACAUAAAAACGCUUUAUAUCUUAAUGAAAGAGAGUGUUCAAUACAAAGACGUAACCAGAAGGUGAUAGAGGAGGCGCCCAGUGUUUUCGUGGACCCAGAGUUGCGCCGAAAAAUGGGUGAACAAGCGGUUGCACUGGCAUUGAAUGUCGGCUAUGACUCCGCCGGAACCGUCGAAUUUUUAGUUGAUUCCCACAAGAAUUUCUAUUUUCUUGAAAUGAAUACUCGUCUACAAGUGGAACAUCCUAUCACUGAAUACAUCACUGGUAUAGAUCUGGUCCAUCAAAUGAUACGUAUUGCUAAAGGACAUCAACUUAAGUACAAACAAAAUGAUAUUCAAUUGAAAGGUUGGGCCUUUGAAUCUCGUAUUUACGCUGAAGAUCCGUACAAGAGUUUUGGUUUGCCAUCAGUGGGUCGACUCACUAAAUAUAAAGAGCCGCUUCACAUUGAUAACGUCCGGUGCGAUAGUGGUGUCAAAGAGGGUUCAGAUAUCAGCAUAUAUUAUGACCCACUUAUCUGUAAAUUAGUUACUUAUGGACACAAUAGAGACGAAGCGCUUAAAACAAUGACUGAAGCUUUGGACGCGUAUGUCAUCAGAGGUUUAACUCAUAAUAUUCCGCUUCUCAGAGAUAUAAUAACUGAGAAAAAUUUUGUUUCGGGAAAUAUUAGUACCAAAUACUUGCAACAGACAUAUCCCGAUGGCUUUAAAGGCACACAAUUAACGCCUCAAACCUCUCAAAAUGUGGCGACAAUAGCGGCGGCCAUCUUUGUCCGCGAUAGUACUCGUGCUAUGCAUUUCUUGAAUACCAUUACCACUGAUGAUUCACUUCAAAAUCCAUUUAUCGAUUGGGAUCUUCAGGUGAACAUUGGUAAAGGAGAACAAAUUUUACCGGUGAAUCUCAAAAUAGAUGAAAAUAGAUAUAUUGUUGAAGUUAAUGACCAAAAAUUAGAGCUUAACAACACUUUUUCAAUGGCUUCGCCAACCUUUCAAUUCGCUAUUAAUGAUGACUUAUAUUUGGUUCAAUUGAUAUCAAUUGACGGAACGGGACGAAUGAGAUUGCAAUAUAAGGGAACAAUUUUUGACAUUCAAGUAAUGACUACCAAAACUGCCAAAUACUAUGAAUUAAUUCCAACUAAACCUAAGCUCGACGUAAGCAAAAUAUUGAAGUCACCGAUGCCUGGUUUGGUUAAAUCAGUUGUCGUUGCUGUUGGAGAUCAAGUCACUGAGGGUCAAGAAGUAUGUGUGAUUGAGGCAAUGAAAAUGCAAAAUAGUCUUACAGUUAGCACUUCUGGUAAAAUCAAAGCCAUUAACUGUAAGACCGGCGAUACCGUCGAUGACGAACAGGUGCUCAUUGAACUCGAAUAACAGCUAAAAUCUGAUUAUCAAUAUUAUUGGUCAUCAAAAAAAACACUCAUAACUAUUGUGUCGCAAAAUAUCAACUGUUUUUUAUAGCAAAAUAUUUUUAUUACUGUUAUUUCUAUUGGUUAUUAAUAUACAAAUUUUGAGACUAUUAUUUUU